AUGUCUGUGUCCCAGGUCAUGGGCCCCGUGCAGGAGUUGCGGCACGAGAUGGACGCGCCCGGCCCCGCACGUCGCAAAUUGAGCGAGCUGGAUUUGGGCGACGUGUUCAAGGAGGUGCUAGAGCUGGACACGGGCCGCGUGCGUCGCGGCAUCGAGUCGAUUCUGGCGGUGGUGGCACGGUCGAUCAUGCGCGGGGAAGGCUUUAGAUAUGUCGUGCCAACGAGGUCGGCCAGUAAUCAGAUGUACGUGGAGGAGCUCGACCGCAUCGUACUCAAGGAUAAGACGAGCUCGCGGGCGUUUGCGAACACGGGGACCGUGCGCAAGGUCACCAUUAUGACCAGGAUUAUGGGGCUGGUAUGGGAGCUGUGCAACAAGGGCAUCCAUGUCACGAAAAGGGACUUGUUUUAUACCGAUGUUAAGCUAUUUAAGACGCAGAACGAAAGUGAUGAGGUCCUUAACGAUGUCGCAUGUAUGGUCGGUUGCACACGGACGAGCCUUUCAGUCGUGGCAUCGGAGAAGGGGAUCGUCAUUGGCCGCGUGCGUUUUCGGGAGGCGGGCGAUUUGAUUGAUUGCACGCGCAUGGGAGUCGGGGGGAAGGCCAUUCCGCCGUAUGUGGAGAGGAUCACAGACAUUGAGAGUGACGCUGAAUUUAUACUGCUUGUGGAGAAGGAUGCAGCAUUCAUGCGGCUGGCGGAGGAUCGAUUUUACAGCAAGUACGCUUGCAUUAUCAUCACGGCGAAGGGGCAGCCCGACGUGGCGACGCGGCUGUUUUUAAAGAAGUUGCGCGAGACGCUCGGUAUUCCGAUCAUGGGGCUUGUGGAUUCAGAUCCGUACGGGCUCAAGAUUUUAAGCGUGUACAUGUCUGGGUCGAAGAACAUGAGUUAUGACUCUGCGAAUUUGACGACGCCAGAUAUCAAGUGGCUUGGGGUGCGGCCGAGUGACUUGGAGAAGUAUGGGAUUCCGGAGAGGUGUCGACUGCCAAUGACGGAGCACGAUAUUAAGACGGGGAAAGAGUUGCUACAGGAGGACUUUAUCAAGAAGAACCCGGCUUGGUAUAAAGAACUGGAGCUGAUGGUGAAAAACAAGGAGAAGGCGGAGAUUCAGGCUUUGUCUUCUUUUGGGUUUCAAUACUUGACAGAGGAAUAUUUACCGCGAAAGCUAGCGCAGGGAGAUUGGAUAUGAGGCGGAAUGGAAAAUUAAGAGUACAGGGUUUUUGACGAAGGACGUGCAUUAUCUACGUCGCAGAGGUGGUGGUGCAAGAAGGGUGUGUCCAGUGGUGUUGCAUUUGUAAGAUAUGCUUAGACGAUAUGGGAGCUACAAGGUCUGCUCUCGCUUAAACAGAAGUGCAUGGCAGGUACCCGCGUUAUGUGGUAUCCAGAAGAAGGUCUCUUGCGGGGCUUGGCCCCGUAUACGUAUGGUAUGUCGUAUCGAACUGUGAGGGGUGUUGGGAUGGAACAUUAGUGAGUCAUGAAAAGGGCGUCCAUACCUGCACGUAGCGGUCAUGACUUUCUAGCUGGAUGGUCACGUUUGAGGUGCGUGAAGCGUUGCGUGGAGAGUUGCGACUAUGCACUUGCCGUCGUCAGCAUGCGGGGAAAAGUCAAGGGAGAACGGUCGAGUGCGUUGGCAUGCCAAAGCGGCGGACGAGGACAUACCUCAUACAGAAUCCCACUGACUCUCAACAAAGACAAGUGGCGCGCGAGAAUGGCAUGAAGAUCUACUUGGUUGAUUUUCACGCCUGUGCCAGAAGACAUGAUCGCGUUUUAGAUUGCGACGGUUGUUUUCUCGUGUAUUUAAAAAUUGACGCUCAAUUGCGUCGGCAGGGCAGAGCAUUAAA